UUCAUUCAUUGAUUGCCAUUCCCAAACAAACUUUGUUUCAUUUCUGUCAGCACUGCACUGAAUACAAAUUCAGAAACUUCCUCAUUGUAACACUUAUCUUCAUUGGAAAAAUAAACACUCUUAUCCUUAUCCUUAAUUCUCAGCUCAUCAUCUUCUGAUAAUUAUAAGAUGGCAGAGAAUGGAGAAUUCAGCUUCAAAAGCAACACCAGCAGCGGACGAAAUGGAUUGCCCAAGAUUGUUACGCAGAAAAAUGAUGUUUGCCACGACGACAGCGGUCCGACGGUGAAAGCGAAAACAAUCGAUGAGCUUCACUCUCUUCAAAAGAAAAAAUCAGCACCUACCACACCGAUCAAGGGCGGUGCGCCUCCGUCGCCACUUUCUGAAGAGCAGCGCCAGAAACAGCAGCUUCAAUCCAUCAGUGCAUCUUUGGCAUCAUUGACUCGGGAGACAGGGCCCAAAUUGGUGAGAGGGGAUCCAGCAAGGAAGGCAGAAGGGCAGACGGUGUCACACGUGGCACAUCCUCAUAUUUUUGCUCCAGCUAUCAGUGUUAGUGAUAGCUCCCUCAAGUUUACCCAUAUCCUCUACAACCUCUCUCCUGCUGAGCUUUAUGAGCAAUCUAUAAAGAACGAGAAGGGUUCAUUUAUAACGUCCACCGGUGCAUUAGCUACGCUUUCUGGGGCAAAAACCGGCAGAUCUCCAAGAGAUAAGCGUGUUGUUAGGGACUCCACUGUUGAAGAUGAACUCUGGUGGGGAAAAGGCUCGCCUAACAUUGAAAUGGAUGAGCAUACUUUCAUGGUUAACAGAGAACGAGCAGUGGAUUACUUGAACUCAUUGGACAAGGUGUUUGUAAAUGACCAGUUUCUGAACUGGGAUCCAGAGCACCGAAUUAAAGUUCGAAUUGUUUCUGCCAGGGCUUACCACUCGUUGUUCAUGCACAACAUGUGUAUCCGACCCACACCUGAAGAGCUGGAGGACUUUGGAACUCCGGACUUCACUAUAUACAAUGCCGGGCAGUUCCCAUGUAAUCGUUACACCCAUUAUAUGACUUCUUCCACUAGCAUAGACAUCAAUCUUGCUAGGAGAGAAAUGGUUAUCCUCGGCACUCAGUAUGCUGGGGAAAUGAAGAAAGGUCUAUUCGGUGUAAUGCAUUACCUCAUGCCUAAGCGUCAAAUUCUCUCCCUUCACUCUGGCUGCAAUAUGGGAAAAGAUGGGGACGUGGCCCUCUUCUUUGGACUAUCAGGUACUGGGAAGACUACUCUGUCUACUGAUCACAACAGAUAUUUAAUUGGGGAUGAUGAACAUUGCUGGAGCGAGAAUGGUGUGUCGAACAUUGAAGGUGGUUGUUAUGCCAAGUGCAUUGAUCUUUCGAAAGAGAAAGAGCCUGACAUCUGGAAUUCCAUCAAGUUCGGAACUGUGUUGGAGAAUGUGGUGUUUGAUGAGCAUACUCGAGAAGUAGAUUAUACAGACAAAUCCGUCACAGAAAACACAAGGGCAGCAUAUCCUAUUGAGUACAUUCCAAAUGCUAAGAUUCCGUGUGUUGGGCCCCAUCCAAAGAAUGUUAUCCUUCUGGCUUGUGAUGCAUUCGGUGUUCUCCCACCUGUGAGCAAGCUGAGCUUGGCACAAACUAUGUAUCACUUCAUAAGUGGUUAUACUGCUCUGGUGGCUGGUACAGAGGAUGGUAUUAAGGAGCCACAGGCAACAUUUUCAGCUUGCUUUGGUGCAGCAUUUAUCAUGCUGCAUCCUACAAAAUAUGCAGCUAUGUUGGCCGAAAAAAUGCAGAAGCAUGGAGCUACAGGAUGGCUAGUCAAUACCGGGUGGUCAGGAGGUAGCUACGGAUCAGGAAAACGUAUGAAGUUAGCAUACACUCGGAGAAUCAUUGACGCAAUACAUUCAGGCGAACUAUUGAAGGCAAAUUAUAACAAGACAGAAAUUUUUGGGCUUGAAAUUCCAACAGAAAUUGAGGGCGUGCCUUCAGAAAUCCUGGAGCCAAUUAACGCUUGGCCAGAUAAGACAGCCUACAAUGAUACACUAUUGAAGCUGGGUGGUCUGUUCAGGAAAAAUUUUGAGGUGUUUGCAAAUUAUAAGAUUGGGAAAGACAACAAGCUGACUGAGGAGAUUCUUGCAGCUGGUCCUAUUUUCUGAUCAGAUUGGUUUGGAGCGAGGUGUGGAGAAAUAAGAAGAGACUCGCCAUCAACUCGUUUUUCUUACUUGAAGUUGCAUUAAUAUUAUUGGGAUUGUUAUUUAGGAUCGAGUGUGGCUUGAGACAUUUCGGAAAUGUCGUGUAAUUCAUGAUUCCGUGUUUUAUACAAAUGUUAUGUCAUAUGAAAAUUUGUUUGACUGAAGACUUCUAAAGUUCUUUGGUGCAUGAUAGAAUAUAUAAUAAGAUCAGAGUGAUGCGAUUCAAUUUU